UCAGCGAUUUGCUGACAACAGAUGCAGCUAAAAGGUCGAUCUUGGUGGUUGUAGUCUUCAGUGAAUCCUGCUCCGCUUUCCCAUGCGUCCCUUUCAGAUUGGUGGAACUCUUAGUUUUAUGAGUAAGCAAGGCUGUGGUAAGACCAUUUGCCCUAGAUGUCGACCCUAUAACUUCGUUGGACAAUGCCGUAACAGCCUUGUUAACAGCGGCGUUCACAAACCACUUGCAUUCUGGAUCAACAUCAAUCCUGCCGCUUUUUGCAAACGCUCUUUGAAAACAACCUUCUUGAUUGCGCCAAAGCCAAAGAAGUAUCACCGCAGCGAUUAUAUCUCGAGACGAUGCAGGCAUACUACUGACAUUGCUGUUCUUGAAUACGAGGGAAUUCAUUCGAUCUUUCAGCGGGUUCAUGACUACUGUUUUAGGGAUCGGUACAGCCAUCCCUACCGAUAUGAUGUAAUUCACCACUCGCAAACCCUCACCAGAAAGAUCUCUGUAAACUGAAACGCCGAUGGCCUCAUGACAUCUACCAGCCAAAACGGUUGUUGCAAAAUCUGUAGAUAUGCCGGGUGGUGUGUCCGGAACAUAAUAUUGAAGUCCGGUUGGCGUUUUAAGGACACUGUUUUUCUGACUUUCCCCUUUUUUAUCCGCAACAGAUGGUAUUGGACGUUGUUCCUCUUUUUUCUUCACUAUAGGUGCAGCUUUCACUUGAUUUGGAUCUACCCUUUUUGCUGGAGUGAUCUCUUUGGCCACAUCGCGUUCUAUUUUUGUUUCGGAAGAUUUGGCUUUGAUAGAUGCGCCUGCCGAUUUCAAUUCAAUUGUUCCAGCAGAAGGUAUCUUCGAACUAUCGUCACUCUUCCCUAUACUAAACGUACGUUUCCUUUUUUCGGGUUUGUUAACAGAAGUGCAUUUGUUCGGAGGAAUCUUUCUUUUCUUUUUAAUAUUUCCGUUUGAAUCACCAAUGUCGACUUUUUCGUCGUUCCCUUUGAUUUGAGUGUACGUGUUGUCGUSCUUUUUUACGUUUGCUUCAAUCUUAUUUGAAGUUUCCAUUUUUACUAAAUCAAUGUCCCCUUGUUUGUCCUUUUUCAGAUCCUUUGACUCGAACUUCCCGUUUUUGGAAGUAUUGUUACUCUCUGACGUCAUCUUUUUGUGGCUCGCACUGGCGGCUCUGUUUUGAAUUCCUUGGCGAGCAAUUAAUGCGGCAGCCGUGGGAUUUAACAACUGUCCAGGAAUGUGUGGGUAUCCCUGUUGAGCAAAUGGAUUCUCCACUGCAGCCAUCCCUCUCAUCAAUAAGGCUUGUUGUUGACGUUGCGCUGCAGCUACACGCACAGCCUGUUGCACAGCCAAGUUUUGCUGUUCACGCGCCAGGAGAACUCUCGUUCGGUCUUCAACAGUGAGAGGCAUAACUCCCGUUGGAUUGAGACCAAGUGCAGCUAAGUUAUUUGAAUUUGCAACUGCUACUGCUGCAGCAGAUGCUGGGGGCCACCCAUAUGCAGCCUGCGCUUGAGUUGAAUGGUGCAACCCGCCGAUGUAGUCAGCAAGAUCGGUAGCUCCAGAAUGCCCAUGCGCUUGAAGUCUCGACAUACGCAACUGAUGCGCAAGUUGCAAAGCAUUUGUUUGGCGAAAGUGGUCAGCACUGUGAAGUUGAGCUUGAAACUGCGCAGAGCGUUGUUGGGCCACUCCUUGAGCUUGUAAUGAUGCCAAUCGUUGCUGCUGCAAUCCCUGUUCUCGAAUCAAAUUUUGCCGCAUCAGAUUUGUUUGAGUCGCUGUCGCAUUCAUUGCAGGCUUAUUUGACGCAUUUGAUUUCCUUAUUGACGAUUUGCCUGCCUUCGAAUUCUUCGCACUUGCUCCACCACUAUUCUGUUUGCGGUCGGGACUCUUUACAGAUUCUUUCAUGUCAUUAUUGUUACCGCUACCUCCACCACGGAGAGUAAGCGGGGCUGAAGUUUUGGGUUCGAUUUCCUGAACGAUAUUACAUCCAUCAAGGCUGCGAUCUUCCAAGUUGUGCUCGGUAUCAMAGGAAUCUGUCUCACUACAGAAUGCUGCAGUGAAGCUCUGUUUUUGAGUCAGAAGCUUUUUUUCCAAKUCUUUUAACGUCGCAAGUGAGUCGCUAUACGGCCCUGUUCCAGUCGAUGGAAUCUCCUUGAACAAAGACGAAGUUAAACUUGGUUGAAACGAUGACCUCUCUGAUUUACUAUCAGUCGAAACAGAAGAUUUGAUCAAUCCGACAGCUUUUAGCACAUUCAAAGUCAAAGUGGAAUCGAUAAAGUCACUAUCACCCUUCCCAGAUUCGGUGGUGUUACCACCGACCCUAGCUCUUCCUUCGUCUACACUGUCAAGGUGAAGGCCACGAACGAAGCCUAUCUCUGAUAUCUUUCUUUGCUUGUUAGGACGGCAAAGCAGGUGAUUUUCUUGUGUCUCGUUUGAUUCAAUUGCGACCACAGCUUUGUUUGUGGAGGGGGUAAACUGGUCCAAAAUCUUCCGGAUCGAUGCUGCUGCUCGAGUUGUUCCGGCUUCUUUUCUGGACAAGACUGAUGUUUUCUUGUAACGUCUGCGCUCCUUAACAGAUGGUAUAGAAGGUAAAGUCAGUUGGAGAUUCGCUGUACUUGAUGGAUCCAAUACACCUCCUGCACUCGUCACAGGACGACGACGACCACCAARCGAGUCAGGAAAUGGAUGCUUAAACCUGUGCGGAGUGUUUUUGUGGUACUGAGUUGUCGGGCCUUGAUAGGUGCCGACACCGCACUCCAUCAUGGCUAGCGUAGCUGCGCUAUAUUUUGUGUCCGUUCGCAAUUCUUCAUGAAUAGGAUUUAGGUUAAGUAAUGUUUGAAGUGUCAUUGGCGUUUGUACUCGGGCACGAAUGACCUUGGCACCAGCUGCAGUUUGUCCAGCAGGUACUUUGGUAGUGGUUUUGGGUGCUGGUGGGCGUUUUACACCGGCAACUUUUUUCCCUUCUGCUGAUUUGGAGGAACUACGUGAUCGUGAAGCAGAUAUUUUUGACUUUGUCUCCUGCGGAACUGACGUUGAGUUUUUCCCAGCUGUUGCUGUUGGUUUGGCAGAGCUGGAUAUUGAUGAUGGCAAUUCYAUUGCAGCAGCGUUGAAUGCGGAGAUACUCGAUUUAUAGUGGCUAUCGAAGAAGUUGUGCGCCAGCUUAUCAACUUUCUGCUGCAAUCGCUUUAUGCGUUCGGCUCUUGCAACUUUUCCCUGUCGAGCACGCUCUAACAUAAGGUUUCCAGAUGAUGCAGCUGCCGGACUAAUUCCUCGCACACGUUGACCCGUUUUGGCGUUUAGUGGUGCCCUCUCUCGGUACACAAAGAGGUCUAUAUUUGACAAAGUAUCUUCGGGUAGAACGAUUAAGCUCAAACCUGAAGUCACGUACAAAAACUGUUCGGUAUCGGUAGUCGGAGCUGCGGAGGAAGUGGUGUUUCCAUUAGUGGCCUUACUUGCUCCGACGGCAUUGGGCCCAGCAGGAAUAGUGGCAGCAGCCGACGGCACUGAUGCUGCUGCUGCARCAUUAUCAUUAUCAGUGACAGCCAUUUGAGAAUACUUCUUUUCUGCGCUCUUUUCAUCAGCUAUUCGCUUGAGUUCCAGUUCGAUCUUUUUAUGCAUACCAAUUGGAUCAUCUUUGAGAACUUUGAUUAUAUCCCGUGUCUGAGGAGGUGGCUGCAGACAAACACGGUAUUUUCCGUACACUCGCUCCGUAAAUGCCGCCCGGAGUUGACGAGUCUGGUCCAAGGCAAUCUCUAAUCUACGUCGAGCGUCUGCUAAAGAUGUGUCGGAGUGCGUGAUGUAUGGAUUAUACUUUGUUGUCAACGGGGCUCGUUGUAUCUGAAGUUCUUCAUCUCCAAGAGAAACCAUGGAUUCAUCCAUGUCGAUGUUGGGAAUGUUUGUGACUUGUCCUCUGGCGGCCAUAGCAGCGGAAGAAGGAUUGGUGAGAAAAUUUUUCUUCAUCACGCCUGGCUUUGAUGAAGAUUGCAUUGCUUUCGACGGUUUUUGUUGAGUUACUGACGCUGGUGAAAGCGAUGCUCUACUUUUAUUUUUCGCCGCCAUCAUGGACAGAUUUUGAGGAGUCAUAUCUCUAUUAGGGGCUUUUGGAUUCCUUGGGUUGCGAACAAUACUGAUACUACUUCUGCUUUCGGGCGCCAAAGGCUUGUUCGGUUUUUUGUCGAAUGUGACCCUAUCGUUCCCGCCAUCAUUCCCUCCCUUGGGAGACGAGAUCGGCAUCGGUGAAUUCGKUGAAGACGACUUCGUGUUGCCCUCGACACGACUGCCUAUCGUUUGCGAUUGGGCUCGGUUAGAAGGUGCCCCUUUGACUUUUGACGAGGUUGUCGACGAUGAAGAUUCGAUCUUUUCAACUCGACCACAAUUCGUACUUGUUGUGCUCUUGCUGUUUUGUUUCAUCGGAACGGCGUCUUCCUCUUUCUUCUCACCAAUGCCUCUCUGAGGUAAAGAUGUCCCUUUUGUUGCAUCAACAGUCUUCGUCGAAGCCAACAUUGUAGUGUUUUGCAUAGCUGUUGUUCCCACAUCGCGAGGAACCCCUUCUACGUUCCGCUCUACGGCAAACCCCGUACUCGUCCGUGCGUCUGCGCUCUUGGGACGAGCUACCCCAUUUGAGUUUGCCAUGGUUUCUAGACCUUUUCCCGUCGGUCCAUUUGGAUUUGUCAUCUAUAUUCUACUCAUAAGAUUGUAUUGGUUGGGUUUUUUCCGUGUUGUCGUCCGGUGUAAUGGGAAUAAUCACUUCCGAACUACCUUUAUCUCCUGGUUGAGGCAGCUUUAGUUGACAAUAUCCAUGUACAUCAGAAACCCUGUAGAAUUCCURCUAGAAGCGAACCUGACAACAAGAGAGCUCAAAAAUUCUGGACAGCAAGCUGCGCGACAACAGUAAGGUGUAACACUACUAAAUUGAUGAGAAUUAAAUUAAGGAGUCAUU